AAAAAAGUAGAUAAACACAUUCAAAAUGUUUGAUGAAGAUCCAAGUUAAAUUCUUUGUUACAGAUAAUUGUGAGGGAUAUAUUUUAAAGUUCGAGCUAACAUGAAAGCUUCCUCCAUUUUUGACACACCAGCCUCGGUGUUCAUCACUGUCAAGAGGGUUUAAGGUUGUCAAACAGCUGAAAUUUGAAUGUCAAAAUUCACCAAAGUGAAGAUUUAGGUUCCAUACCAUAGAUGUAAAUGCUAACAUUCAGGGCGAUGCACUCCCAUGCACUCCCAUGCACUUAAAAAAAGAGCCAAAAAUAAGUUCAACCACCUGUGUGGGUGAACAGGGCCGUUAAGCAAAGCCUGGUUGAGAAGGUCAUUGGUGUGUGCGUGUGUGUGUGUGCGUGUGUGUGCGUGUGUGUUGGUGUGUUGUUGCUAUUAUAGGUAUUUAUUUUGAGUUUAACCUGGUACAAGCAUUUCUGAUAAGUAUAAGUAUCAUUUUAUCUGAUUUAAUGGAAUUUCCCUACUGCAAAUCUAACAUUUAAUGAUAAUAAUAUUACAUAAAUUCAAAGCCCCAACCCUCAUACUAUCAGUGACUCUUAAAGUAGAGGCAGCUUGUGGCUUUCUGAGUGAGUGUAAAGGAAAGUGAUGAGUGUAUGUGUACACCUAUCUAUGAAGGUUUGUACUUUUGUGUACUUGUUGCAUUGUGGGUAGGACUGUGGUAAAUGGUCUGUUUCCCAUCUUUGGCUUGUAAGAGGUGAACUCAUUCUUUCCUCUCCCCACUGCGCGGCUACAGUGACUGUCUACCAUGGUGACGGGUUAGGGGUGUGAUGAUGGGGGAGAGGCGGAAGGGGCUUGUGUUUUAUAAGAGCCAAAAUCAAAAGUCCCCUCAUCGUGAAAGACAUAAAAGUGCACGCCACUCCUGCCGUGUGAGAAAGACUGUCUUGAUUCAUUGCUUUGAACACUAUUCAAGCAAGUAGCAGGGCUAUUGUGUAUUUGAUUCAGAUAGUAUAAGUCUGUGCUGAGAGAUACUGCACUCCACAACUGAAGGACAAAGCCAGAAGAUGAGAUUCAGUCCGGUGAUAGCCGCUCUUCUCUGCUUCACCACGUGGAUGAGCAUGGCCCAUGCAACCAAUGGACCGGUGGCCAGCUGUUGUCUCCGGUGGUCUAUCACUCGAGUCCCACUUGAACGAAUUGUGAAUUACACCAAUCAGUCUGAAGGCAUCUGUCCAAUCAGAGCCGUAGUGUUUCAGACAAAGCGUGGAAGGAGGAUUUGCUCCGACCCUAACAGUGACUGGGCACUAAGAGCCAUUCGGAAGGUGGACGAGGAGAAAGAAAUAAAAGCAUUGCAAGAGGAAUCAACAAGCGACAUCCCACCAGCAGUGUCCACCGCACCAACAAACGCGCGGCAGAAGGAAUGCAGAAAUGGAAGGAGACGCCAGAGGAAGAAGACCAGGCGUGGGAGGAAGGGGCAGAGAAAACGUGUGUGAGGAAUCACGAGACAAUUCAAAGCUACCGCAGUCAGCAAACAUGACUCUUUCCACUUGGACUUGUCCUGCUAUAUUGCACGAACAGUAAACAAACCUGAAACAAAAGCAGCUUUUUUUAUAUAUAUUAUUGUAUCUAUUAAAUCUCCAAUACAUAUUUAAAUAUAUGUUCAUUAUACCUUGUUGUCAUAAAAGGGUGUAUGUCUAUCAAAAGAGCAUCAUUUUCUACCUUUUCCAGUCAAUUACCAAUAAAGUCUUCUUAUACA